GAAGAAGGAUGGGUAGUCUGUCGUGCAUUCAAGAAGCGAACUACCGGCCAAAACAAGAGCAUUGAAGGGUGGGACUCAAGCUACUUCUAUGAGGAAUCGAGUGGGGUUAGCUCAGUGGUGGAUCCUAUUGAUUAUAUAACAAGGCAACCUCAAAACUUUUUGGCUCAGAAUUUCUUGUGUAAGCAGGAGAUAGAAGGAGAUAGCUUAAGUUUUAUGCACUCAGAAAGUUUUGUACAGCUUCCUCAGUUAGAGAGCCCAUCACUGCCAUUAAUAAAGAGGCCAAGCUCAUCAAUCUCUUUGAUAUCAGAGAAUGACAACAGUAACAAUGAAGAGGAAGACCAAAAUAGAAUAUCGUCCAACAACAACAACACCACCCAGAAAGUAACUGAUUGGAGAGCCCUUGACAAGUUUGUUGCUUCUCAGUUGAGUCAAGAAGAAAGAUAUGAUGGUGAUGGCGUUUCAAGCUUUGUUGGGGCAGAAAAUAACUCAGAUAUGUCAUUGCUGUUAUUGCAAAGUGGAAGAGAUGAAGAGAACAAGUUCAAUGGAUUCUUAAGUUCAAGUUCUGACUGUGAUAUUGGAAUAUGCAUAUUUGAGAAAUGA